UUUUGGCUGGCUCAAAAGUGACUGGCACGCCAUUCUAAUGUUCACAAUGACUUUGCCUUUUCUCUUUCUCUUUUCGUGCGUUUCUAUAGUUUUUUAUUGCAUUUUACAUACUGCUCUUUUUUUAUUACUACCACUGGAGAUACUUUUUAUUUUUCAUUUGUUCAAUAAUGAAGUUAGUCCCAGCAUCAACAAUCAUAUUUGCUGCAGCUCUGGCCGCUUCAACUGCUGCCGCGGCUGCCACAAUGCCCAUCAGCGGCUCCAACGGCUCUGGAUCCGGUAUCCAGAAACGCCAGCAGAGUCCUAUUGAUGGCGCUAAUGAAAUCACACAUAUUGGUCAUGCAGAUGAUUCCACGAGUGCAACCAACAAUGCGGAUGACAGUACUGAUGAUAAUUCCGAAGACAAAGGACCUGUAUCUGAAACGUCCAAUUCUCCGACCGCAUCAGCAUCCGAGCCAACUACAGAAUCUACUUCGAGCACCUCCAGUCGCACCAGCACUUCCACCACCAGCACCGAGACUCACAUAUCGUCCAGCACCAAGGAGACUGAAAAUACAAAGAAAAGCACAAACAGCGACUCCCUCUCAACUGAAAAUAGCGGCGACGACAAUAACAAUGACGAUGAAUCCACAGAAAUGACCGAAGAGGAUACCACGACCAAGCCGCCGAGCGAGUCAUGCGACAAUAACGGCGAAAAGCGCUGCGUGGGAUCCGGAUCCAAUGCAUUCCAGUCGUGCGAGAAGAACAUCUGGGUUAACCAGACCUGCGGCGGGUCAGAUAUUUGCGGCAACAACAACAAGGGAGAAAUUGCGUGCAUCGAUAAGAACCAGGUCAUUGUGGCGCUCGAGCCCUGUUCAAAGAAGAACGAGCAGCGCUGCGAUGCCUCUGACUCGAGCAAGUACCAGACAUGCGAUGGCACUUACUGGCGCACAUACGGGUGCAGCGAUAAUAACCUGUGCUCUUUAGUUAAUGACAAGGCUGUUUGCGCGUCGGCCGAUGCUCCGGUCGUUGGCGGCGACGGCGAAUAUACUGUGGAGUCCUACACGCUGUUUGAGCCGAAGCCAUUUGUGCCGCUGAGCGCCGCUACGGUAAAGAGCGGAAUGGGCAUUGCUGCUGCUAUUUUUGUCAUUGUUGCGCUGGUUUAGCCAGUGAGCUUGGAGUAUAGUAAAAGAAUUUGAAAUUUUGUUUUUAUCCAUAACCAAAUAAAAUUUGACAUUUAGUUGUUUCA